UUCAAAAAUGACUACUAGUUUAUGGGUAAAGGGGAAUAUUGCUACUCAAAUAUUAACGAAACAAAAGUUAGAGAAAUACGGACAUCUACUAAAAUGGAAAAAUAAUGAAAGGAUUCUAGAGUUUGGUGCGGCUGAUGGAAAUACUUCGGUCAACUCUAUCUUACCAUUCUUGCCAAAGGAUUACAAAGAAUAUGUUCUAACAGAUAUAUCACCUAAUAUGGUAGAACAUAUGAAGAAAAAUCUGAAUAUUCCUAGAAGUAAGAUCAUACAGCAUGAUAUUUCUACCGUAAGGCUUCAAGACGAAUUAAAAAACAAGUUUGACCACAUUUUUGGUAUAUUUGUACUGCACAUGGUGCCAAAUACCAGACAAAGUUUCAUUAACGUCAAGGAAAUGCUUAAGCCAGGCGGUCAAGCAUUUAUCUCAUUCCUGGAACGGGGACCAAUGGAUCACGCUUUCCACCGUUUGCGAAACUAUCCAAAAUGGUCAAGAUAUGGAUACCAGAUGUCUGCUCAUUACUACAGCGACAAUAUUGAAGAAUCGUUUAAGAAAGAUAUUGAUGCUGCUCGGUUCGAAUCAUAUUCAUUUCAUGUUGAAAACAACUACCCGAUCUGGUAUGAAAGCGAUGAGGAAAGAAGAAGUGCACUUACCGCACUCAAUCACGUGCUGCAAAGGAUACCUGAAGAAGAAAGGGAUGAAUACUUAGAGGAUUACCAUAAGGAAGGCGGAAAAGAUCUUAAGAUUAUGGAAAAAGAUGGAAAACGAUUGCUAUACUUCAAUAUGAAAUUAUUCGUUGCUAUAAUGAACAAACAGGAAUAAAUAUUUUAGUUUA